GCCGAGGGUCGUGCGGUGAGCGUCAUAAGCCUGUGGCAGCGCUGGAGCCGAGCGGAAACCCCUCCCGAGUCCCAGCUCGACUCCUCCAACCCAGUCAAAGAAAAGAGGAAUACCGAGGAAUCAGGAAACGCGGACAAACACCACAAUACACCUUUACACAGUAACAAUGCAGACCUAAGCAGCACAGCCCGUUGAACGAGAGAGAGCAAGAGAGAGAGAGAGACAGAAAGAGAGAGAGAGAGAGAGAGAAAGUGCGUGCCUUUCGAGCAAGAUGGGGUUCGGCCAGGACCUGCGCAACUCCCACGAGGGUCUGGUGAAGCUGCAGGACUGGGAGCUGAAGCUGCUGGAGACGGUGAAGCGCUUCAUGACCCUGCGGGUGAAGAGCGAUAAGGAAUAUGCAUCUCUCCUGCUCAACAUCAGUCAGCAGGUGGACAAGCAUGACAACUCCUCUCAGAUUAACUAUGUCAGUACGGUCUCCAAGUCGUGGACUCACAUGGUUCAGCAGACGGAGCAGUUGAGCAAGAUUAUGAAGUGCCACGCUGAGGAGCUCAACUCAGGACCUCUCCACCGACUCACAAUGAUGAUCAAAGACAAGCAGCAGGUGAAGAAGAGUUACCAGAGCCUCCACCAGCAGAUCGAGUCGGAGAUGCACAAGGUAACUAAAAACGAUCUUGAGAAGUUGAAAUGCACCUACAGGCAGUUAACUAAGGACGCUGUUUUAGCAAGAGACAAAUACAAGGAGGCUGUUGUAAAAGGCAAGGAGACUGAGAAAGCUCGUGAGCGUUACGACAAAGCCACCAUGAAACUGCAUAACCUGCACAACCAGUAUGUGCUAGCGGUGAAAAGCGCACAGCUGCAUCAGGAGCACUAUCACGAGACUGCACUGCCUCUGCUGCUGGACUCCCUGCAGAAGAUGCAGGAGGAGAUGAUCAAUGCACUUAAGGGUAUUCUGGAGGAGUACAGUGAAAUCACCAGCCUGUUAACAGAUGAAAUAGUAAAGGUCCACAAAGAAAUACACACUUCCAUCGACCAAAUCGAUCCACUGUCAGAGUAUGACAACUUCAUCGAAGUUUAUAAAUCACCAGAAGCCAAAGAACCAAAUGUAGAAUUUGAUGCAACGCUAUUAGAAGAAACCGAGAAUCUUCAAGCAAAUGAGAUUCUGUGGAAUAACUUGACAGCAGACAGUUUACAAGCAAUGCUGAAGUCCAGCUCAGAGGAGCUGCUCCUAACCCAGCAGAGUCUACGCAGCAAAGAGGAGCUCAUGCUGGACCUGGAGAACAAAAUCGAGGAAUCUACCAAAACCUAUGAGAAGAAAUCCGACGUGGUGUUGUUACUCAGUCAGAAGCAGUCUCUGGAGGAGUUGAGACAGACGGUCCAGCUGCUGCGCUGUUCGGAGGCCAAACUGAUGGCACAGAGAGAACUACUAGAACAGAAGAUGCAAGAGAACGAGGGCAAAGAACCUCCGCCUGUCGUCAAUUAUGAAGAGGAUGCCCGCUCAGUCAACUCAAUGGACAAAAGCAAAGACAAGGUAUCGAAAUUCGACACCCUCAGACACUCCAUCGCUGGAAUCAUCCGCUCGCCCAAGUCUGUGCUUGGCUCUUCAUCAUUUUUUGAUGUGAUACCCACCAGUGAGAAACCGCUGGGCGAGCAAGAGUGGUAUCACGGGGCCAUUCCCAGGACAGAGGCCCAGGAGCUGCUGAAACAGCAGGGAGACUUCCUGGUGCGCGAGAGCCACGGCAAACCUGGAGAAUAUGUGCUGUCUGUGUUCUCAGAUGCCCAGCGCAGACAUUUCAUCAUUCAGUUUGCUGAUAACCAGUACAGAUUUGAAGGCACUGGCUUCCCCACCAUCCCACAGCUCAUAGAGCAUCAUUACACAACUAAGCAAGUCAUCACCAAGAAAUCUGGGGUCGUGCUCCUGAACCCUGUCAUAAAGGAUAAGAAAUGGAUUCUCAAUCACGAGGAUGUCAUUCUCGGAGAACUCCUCGGGAAAGGAAAUUUUGGCGAGGUUUUCAGAGGAACGCUGCGAGAUAAAACUCCGGUGGCUGUGAAAACUUGUAAGGAAGAUCUCCCACAAGACCUCAAGAUAAAGUUCCUCUCAGAAGCCAGGAUCCUGAAGCAGUAUGAUCACCCCAACAUUGUGAAGUUAAUAGGCGUCUGUACCCAACGGCAGCCCAUUUACAUAGUAAUGGAGCUCGUACCAGGCGGGGACUUUUUAUCAUUCUUAAGGAAGAAAAAAGAGGACCUCAAGACAAAGCAACUGGUAAAAUUUGCAUUAGACGCUGCUGCCGGAAUGGCGUACCUGGAGCUGAAGAACUGCAUACACAGAGAUCUGGCUGCUCGCAACUGCCUUGUGGGAGAGAACAAUGUGCUGAAGAUCAGUGAUUUUGGGAUGUCCCGCCAGGAGGACAAUGGCAUCUAUUCCUCAUCAGGACUGAAACAGAUCCCAAUCAAGUGGACUGCACCGGAGGCCCUGAACUAUGGGAGAUACAGCUCAGAGAGUGAUGUGUGGAGUUAUGGGAUCCUCCUGUGGGAAACCUUCAGUCUAGGAGUGUGUCCUUACCCGGGCAUGACCAACCAGCAGGCUCGAGAGCAGGUGGAAAAAGGUUACAGGAUGUCCUGCCCGCAGAAGUGUCCAGAUGAGGUGUACAGGAUCAUGCAGAGAUGUUGGGAGUACAAGCCUGAGAAUCGUCCUAAAUUUGUCGACGUUCAAAAAGAACUGGCCUCCGUCAAGAAAAAAUAGCCCUUAAUGAGGAAAUGGCCGGAAGGCCAAACUCUUUCUACGCAUCCAGGUGAUCCCUAAUCUGCAGAGAGAAACACAGCGAAUGUUUCGCCCUCAAAAUUACAUGCUAUUAUUGUACUAAAGAGUACUCCGUCACAUAAUCACUGUGUGAACUGCCUAUGCACCAGCUGUUUUGAGCCAUUAGCAUGGAGAGAGGUCUCAGCUUUGCUCUGAUGUCAAAAUUAUGCAGAUUUCCCCCUUUUUUGGUAACGGAGCAACAGUUAAGCUACGACAGAUGUAUUAGGUGUAUUCAGUAUGCCUUUGAGUAUUCCUGUGUACUCACCAGUGAAAAAGAGGGGGUCGUUCACUCAGAAAUGAAAUCCUGUCGUCAUUAAGCCGUUUCAAACCCCGCAGAACUUUUCUUUCUUUUGCGGAACACAAAAGCAUUUGUUUUCGGUCCAGCCAGCGAGGGGUUAUCCGGGUUCAGCGCUUCAUACUCGGCACAUUUUAAUUUAUGAUUGCCUUCUGCAGAGGAAAGAACGUCACGAUGGUUUGGAAAGACGUAAAUAAAUGACAGAAUGUUCGUUUUUUUGGGAAGCUGCCCCUUUAACCACAUGGAGAUGAAUGUGUGAAGAUGGACUGUUUGUCCACUCGAUAUUGUUUUUUUUUUUCUUUUAAGUCAAACCUAAUGGUUUGGGGAGUUUUUUAGUCAAGCCAUUUUAUGUCAUUUUUAUGUUACUUGGAGUAAUAAGUGAAAAAAACCAAUAAUAAUAGUAAUACAAAUGUAUGUCAUUCACGUAAACCAGCUUUCAUGGAGAGACACUCCAGUGUUUCAGCACUCAAUCAAGCAAUGAGACCAAAUGCAUCGAUUUUUACCCAAGUGCAAUUUCUAACAACACAGCUAGUAUACUACAGUCAGGUGGCCUUGACGUGAAAGCCAGCGCUUCUGCAUCAGUCUACAGUUUACAAGCCUUCAGAAGUCUCCAGAUACUUCAACCUCACACCUGAUGUUUAAAGCGACGGUUCAGAAAAACGUCAACUCUCAUCAUUUGCCUUUCUGAUCGCUUCGGUUUCUUCUAUAGGAAACAAAAGCAGAAACGUACUGCGUUCACGCUGCUCUUUUCCAUACCCUGAGAGAAAAUUAAGGACCUAGGGCUUCGAAAAGCACCAGAGAAUAUUAUAGAUGUGGUCUAUACGACUUUCGUGGUAUGCUUUGCACACGUUUAGAUACGAUGCCCAAAAACCCAUUCGUGAUGCGCGCGGAAGAUUUUCAGUGAAUAACUUUCAAAUACACAGCUUUUCUGGUACUUUCGUUGUAUGGAAAAGAGCAGCCUGCCUUCAAAAAACACAAAAUAGCGACGAAAACCACACUCUUUUCGACAGAACUGUAAUCUCUUUACAUUUACAAUGUUGCCAUGUAGCGUAUUAGACAUCACCAAAAGCUCAGUCCGAAACGGACCGUUGUGUGUCUACUUCGGGGAUCUCUUUCUCUCUCUUUCUUUGUUUUCCUCUGUAACCAGCGACCAAAGCCAGUCACAAGCAUGUUUAUUUGUAUCUGUGCCAUUGUCUUGGAUUGCGCCGCACUUAUUCCUGUGCUGUCUGUGCUGUUUCACAAUCAGGUUUUCUCGAUCAUCAGAAGUAUUAGACAAUGCUUUGUAUUAAGAAUAUCCCAGGUGGUUUCCUACCAUUUUUUUCAAGUGCCACCGUGCUCCCGUUCCCAUCUGUUCCCGAGUCACAUAAAUCUGGUUCCAUUUCCACAAACAUGGAAUAGUGGUUUCUUCAAGGUUUACUCUAUCAAAGCAUUCCUUUUGUAUUUUGUAAAUACUUUUUUGUAGAUUCAGUAAUGUGAUGUUUUUUUGUUUUUUUUUCACUGCGAAACUAAUGAUGUUAGAAUGUGGAUGUCUGUCAGGAAUACUCCUCAACUCUUUCCUCUGUAAUAGUAGCGAUGAAGACCCAGAAACAAUACUGCUCUAAUAUUUGCACAUUUGGAAUAUGUAAGGGUCCCAUAGCAUUGAAUGUGCUUCUUUCUAGUCCGCAAACCUUUUUUUUCCCCUCCCCUCUUCACGUCGUUGCUCUAACUUUGCCAAUCGUUCAGAAGCGGUGAUCAUUUCCACUCGAGGCUGCUGUCUAAUACAGUUAGGAUGUGUGCUCUUGCACGAUUGGCCGGUGGGUUCAGAUCAAAAAUAUUAUUUUUAUUCUUUUGGUGAAGCUGAGCUUACAUCAAUUAAACUACUGGUGAGUGAGCUCUUCUGUUUGUUUUUACAUCAAAGCAAUUAUCCCUAUAGUGUGUUGUUUGAAAAACUGUAAUAUUAUUCUAGCAUUUUAUUCUAUUUUGCUUUUUUGUACCAUUCACUAUAAUUCCUUCUGUCAGUGUAUUAAAGCAAACGCCAGUAUUGUCUCACAUUAUAUUGAAAUUUGUGUUACUCCGAGACAUUCGAUUUAUUUUAUUUUAUUUUUGUCCCCCCUCCCCAUGUCUGACCUGCACCGAGCGUUCAAGUAAACUUCCGUCAGAACAAGGGUUUUGUUCUUUUUGUUCGAGCAGCGAGCACUCUAAUAAAACGUUCAGAACUCACGUUCAUUUCCAAAGUACAAAGUUUCUCAGUGUCGUACAGAUUCCUCCCUCCCUGUGCUGGAUUAUUUAUUUUGUGAUGGAAACAAUGUAUUGAUUGCACUUUCGGCCUUUUUAUGCUUUAAAAUGAUCUUCUUGUACGAGACGGCAGGAAAAUUGCCGUUUCGGGAAACGAUCAACUCUUGAAUUCACGAGCAAGAAAAAAAAAAAAAAAAGGAAAAAAAAGUAGAGAAACAACACUGGACGUUUAAUUUUCGCCCCUGCCAACUGAAAGAGGAAAUCUGAAAAGUAGAAUGAUUCCUUGUUUUCUUUCACCCGUCUGUUUGCUCAUAACACCUCUCUGAUGGACAUUCAACUAUAACAAUGUCUGCUCAUUGUUUAUAUUGUACACUUGCAAUAAAGUUUUGAGUCUUUGAA